UACAGAAAACAUUUGGAGGAUUCAAAUAUAUUGGGUACAACAAACAAAUAAGAGAUUUUCGACGUGGAUAUUUGAUUCCUAUCAAUCAAAUGAAUUUCGAUUACCUCGUAGAAGAAAUCGAUUCCGAAGUGGAAUGCUCACAACCUUUGGGCCCCCAAAGAGAUAAAGUGUUUAAACCAAAUUCUUACAAUCUCGUUUGCGCUCCUCCAGCAGAACUAUCAGAAAUUGUGGUACCGUCACCAUCGUCUGGCGGCCAUGCAGAUAUAAUCCAGAAGCUGGAUGCUAUUGAGACCCGUCUCACUGCCAUUGAGAAGUCCCUAACAGACAAAAUGCCAGAGAAGGCCGAGGUGCAGGCGCAAAGUAAAUUAUUGCGCGAAUGCCGCGUCAUUGCGGCAAAGACGCACCAUUCAAUUAGCCGCAUCACCGGUGAUUUGGAGGACGAGCAUUACGUGGAGCUCGCUUCGAAACUGCCCAUGUCAUCGGAAGAGCACGUGCGCUUCGUGGAAGACAAACUUUCCCAAAAGGAAAGCACGGAUGCUAUGAUGCGGCUAAUAUUGAAAUCAAAGGGCGCAAAAGGCAGUGUGGACGGCGUACUUCGUGGUUUGUUUUCAGACGAUGUAAUGUACCAUUACAAUUUAGAGGGGCGCAAGGAGAAGAAACCCCUACUAAAACUAAAGUGCGUAGGGUUAGUUUUUGAUAUAUUUCCUGACAAGGAUAAAAGCAGUAUAUGUGGGGAGCUCCGGAGAUUUGUGGCCUUAAGCCACAAUCGUUAUAAACAGAAGAAACAUAAACUAAGGGCUAAACUAAUAUAAGUUUUAUUAUUAUUACUUAUAUAUAUUAGUGUUAAGUUGUAAAUAUUAGUUUUAAGUUGUACAUAUUAGUUUUAAGUUGUAAAUAUUAGUUUUAAGUUGUACAUAUUAGUUUUAAGUUGUAUAUAUUAGUUCUAAGUUGAAGUGUCUAAUUUUACUUUUAAAAAUAUGAAUUUUUACAAUUAUAAUUUUUAUACUCAAAUAACUUGUAUAUAAUUUUUCUGCCGAAUGCAAUAAUAAUAGGCAUAUUAUUAAUUUAAUUAAUAUCUGAUUUUGAUUUUAUUAUUAAAUAAAGCAAAAUAAUUUAAAAAAAUGACUUUUAUUUAAAAUAAUUGAAUUUGCUAGAAGUAACAAAUGGGUAACAGAAAUGCUUGUUCCUGCUAACAUGAUUACAUGUUAAAGGUAACAAACUGAUAACCAAAAUAAUAACACUAACAGAUAUUCGGGUAACAAAUACUUUUUGUUAUCCAUAAUACAUAGGUAAGCUUUGCGCUAACAAAAGAAUUUGUUACCCGUAACAUACUGUGAAGAGAUUUGCUAACAAAUGUAGGUAUUCUGUUAGAACAAGGCAGCAUGCGAUAUUUGCCAUUGGUUAGAGCGAGAUAACCAUUGAACA